CCCACCCCACCACCACCAAGAUGACAAUCUCCAUUGACUUUGAAGAAUGCCUCAAGGACUCCCCCAAGUUCAGAGCUUCCAUUGAAGGGGUGGAAUUAGAAGUGACGGAACUCGAAGCCAAACUCGAGAAGCUGGUGAAGUUAUGCGGGAACAUGCUGGAUGCAGGACGCACGUACAGCGCCAACACCAAGCAGUUUGUCAACGGGAUCCGGGACCUGGGAGUCCACUGCAAGGGCGAUGAGAUGAUGAGUGGAUGCCUGGAAAAGUUUUCCGGAAGUCUGAAUGAAAUGAUCGAAUAUCAAAUGACACUCAUUGACGUGACUCAGAGAUCAGUCAAACAGCACCUGUAUAAUUUCAUCAAGGAGGACGUGAGGAGGUUUAAGGACACGAAGAAGCAUUUUGAUAAAGGCAGCGAGGACCUGGAGAACGCAUUGAACCGCAACGCUCAGGCUGCUCCCAAGAAGCAACACGAGGCCGAUGAAGUCACGCACGCCCUGCUGGGGGUCCGCAAGUCCUUCCGCCACGUCUCCCUCGACUACGUCCUACAGAUAAAUGUCAUUCAAGCAAAGAAGAAAAAUGAGAUACUACACUUUAUGGUUACCUUGAUGGAUGCACAGUACACUUUCUUCUCUCAAGGCCACGAGACUCUACGGCAACUUGACGCGUAUAAGAAGAAGCUCGCCGAGCAGUUGCAUCAGCUGGAGUUGAAUUCAGCUCGAGACAAGCGUGAUAUGGAGCAGAGGCAUGCAGUCAUCAAACAGAAGGACGUGGUCUAUGAUGAUUCGCUGCUGGAAUUUAACAUGGAUGCCCCAAAUGGAGUUGUCAUGGAGGGACAUUUGUACAAACGAGCAAGUAACGCCUUUAAAACUUGGAACAGGCGUUGGUUCUCCAUUCAGAACAACCAGUUGGUCUACCAGAAAAAGCUAAAGGACAAUCUGACGGUGGUUGUGGAAGAUCUCCGAUUGUGUACCGUGAAGAAUGGGACCGAUUGCGAGCGUCGCUUCUGUUUCGAAGUCGUUUCCCCGUCGAAAAGCUGCAUGCUGCAAGCGGACUCUGAGAAACUCCAGCAAGCGUGGAUCCAAGCCGUGCAGUCCAGUAUCGCGACUGCGUUCAACGAGAGCCGAGAGGACAGCUAUUCGAAGACGGAGCGCUCGGCCACCAUGUCUCCGGGGAUGUUCGACUUCGCGGCGGAGGCCAGGCCGGUGAAGGAGAAGGCGCUGGAGCAGGUGCAGGGCAUCCCCGGCAACGCCCAGUGCUGUGACUGCAACGAACCGCAGCCCGAAUGGGCCAGCAUCAAUCUGGGUAUCACUCUCUGCAUCGAAUGCUCAGGGAUCCACAGAAGCCUCGGGGUCCAUUUUUCCAAAGUCCGCUCGUUGACCCUUGAUUCCUGGGAACCAGAAUUGUUGAAGCUGAUGUGCGAACUUGGGAACAAGAACAUUAACCAGAUCUACGAGGCUCGAAUUGAAGAGAUGACGGUGAAAAAACCUCACCCUGGGCAACAUCGGCAGGAGAAGGAGGCCUGGAUCCGGGCCAAGUACGUGGGGAAGAAAUUCAUCCAGAAGUUUCCGGAGAGUGCCGCCCGUUUGCACAAAAGCUACUCGAAGCCAAACCCGCGAUCCAGCACCUUGGAUAAACCCUCUAAGCCGGAAAAACCACCCAAACCCUUCCUGAGGUCUCGGGGGAAAGACAUGAAUGACAAGGGCCCCUCGGCUGACGAGGGCAAGAGCUGUGAGGAGCUGCGAGAUCUCCAUCCAGGGGCCCUACUGUAUCGUGCGGCUGCCCUCCAGAACCUGCCUGUCAUGGCCGAUGCACUAGCCCAUGGGGCCGAUGUCAACUGGGUCAACACUGCAGACGAGAACAAAACUCCCCUCAUCCAGGCCGUUACACCGGGCUCCUUGGUGGCCUGCGAGUUCCUGCUACAGAACGGUGCCCAUGUUAACUUGGUGGACACGCACAAACGCGGGCCUCUGCACCAUGCCACCAUCCAUGGGCACACCGGUCUCGUCUGCCUGUUCUUAAAAAGAGGGGCCAGUCAAACUGCAGUGGAUGAAAACGGGAAGAACCCGAUCACGAUAGCCAUCGACACAGCGAAUGCAGACAUUGUCACCUUGCUACGACUUGCUAAAAUGAAUGAGGAGAUGCGGGAAGCAGAGGGAGUGUUCGGACAGUCAGGAGACGAAACCUACAAUGAUAUAUUCAGAGAUUUCUCUCAGAUGGCUUCGAACAACCCGGAGAAAUUGAAACGGAUCCACGAGUUCAGGACCUCAACUCUAUAGAGUCCUCACCUUGCCCCACACCCGAGAGAAUGGCCUCCUUCUCCUCCGCUUGUUCCCUCAGCUCCCUAGAACGUAAAGCAAGACAGAAUGUCCAGCAGAUCUAAUAUCGCAAUGAGGAGUUGAAUUCUCUUCUCGAAUCAUAGAGUGAUACAGUGUGGAAACAGGCACUUCAGCCCUUCUCGAAUAGACUGAAUAAUUUGAAGACUGAUUCCUGGGAUGUCAGGACUUCCAUAUGAAGAAAGACUGGAUAGACUCGGCUUGUACUCGCUAGAAUUUAGGAGAUUGAGGGGGGAUCUUAUAGAAACGUACAAAAUUCUUAAGGGGUUGGACAGGCUAGAUGCAGGAAGAUUGUUCCCGAUGUUGGGGAAGUCCAGAACAAGGGGCCACACACACACACACACACAGUUUAAGGAUAAGAGGGAAGUCUUUUAGGACCGAGAUGAGAAAAA